AUGGCGUCAGCACGCAGGAUACGUAGAAUAGGCAGGAACUGUACAUGAAGCCGUAACGGCCAUCUUGAAGCACCAAGGAAAGAUAGAGGAAGAUAGAAAAUAGACCGGGGCCGGAGGAGGAGGAGAGGGCCCUGGACAGCCGAGCGAGCCCACAGGAAACCAUGUCUGAGACAUACGACUUUCUGUUCAAGUUCCUUGUUAUCGGCAGUGCAGGGACAGGGAAGUCCUGCCUGCUCCACCAGUUCAUUGAGAGCAAAUUUAAACAAGACUCUAAUCACACAAUUGGUGUGGAGUUUGGAUCCAGGAUUGUGAAUGUUGGUGGUAAAUCUGUUAAGCUGCAGAUCUGGGAUACAGCCGGACAGGAGAGAUUUAGGUCAGUUACCCGAAGUUACUAUAGAGGAGCAGCAGGGGCGCUGCUGGUCUACGACAUUGCAAGUCGGGAAACUUACAACUCCCUGACCAACUGGCUGACCGAUGCCAGGACUCUGGCCAGCCCCAACAUCAUCAUUAUUUUAUGCGGCAACAAGAAGGAUUUGGAUGCGGAACGAGAGGUGACAUUUUUAGAAGCAUCACGAUUCGCCCAAGAGAACGAGCUGAUGUUUUUGGAAACCAGUGCGCUAACUGGAGAGAACGUGGAGGAAGCUUUCUUGAAAUGUGCCCGGACGAUUUUAAGUAAAAUAGAAUCAGGGGAGCUGGAUCCGGAGAGGAUGGGAUCUGGUAUCCAGUAUGGAGAAGCCUCCCCACGACACACAAGACACACGCAUGGAACACAACUGCAGAACAGACAGCAGUGCAACUGUUAAGACCACAAGCUAGAAACUUGUAAAUGACUAUUAUGUCGAGAAGGAGAAGCACUUUUCUUCACAUCCCCCAGGACUAGACUGCACGGACCCCUGACUUGCACAUGCACCCAUCCUAUAUGAAGGAUACUCUACUUGUCUCUUCCUAUGGCCUUGUGUUUAGAAGCCCCCUAUGAAGGCCUGGCUCCUGAUAUGGCUCUUAACGCACCCUAAAUGUCGGAGAUCCCACAGCCAGAAUGUAUCCACCACAAACCACAAACCUCCUCCCAGGUGGAGGAACAGCCAAAAACAUGAUUAUUCUGGUUCUGCCGUCUACAAUGCCAGGGGAACCCCCUCAUUCCGUCCGUGGCAGGGGGCUGGCAAGAUAGCUAUAUGGCACUUAUUAUCUUCAUCCCACAAUGCUUUGCUGCUCAAAAAUGUGGCGUUCUUCUGUGCUGUCAUUCACAAUUUUAUUCAUCUGGGAGGCUACAGGACAGUUCCAGAGUAACCCUUCAUCUUCCCCUAAAGUGCCCAGUCCUGCUUUGCACAUCACCUAGGCUGGAAAACGGUUAAUUUAUAUAUACAUUACAGGCAUAUCUGCGCCUAUAAACUUUUUUUUUUUUUUUUUGUAGAUUACCCAAAAAGUUCACUUAAUAUUUUUUUCUUUUUUUUUAUGACAAAAAUCCAUAGCUGUAAAUUCAGCACAUCUCUCAUAAAGCCAUUAUACCUGUUUUUUUAUUUACAUUUUUUUAUUUUAAGGUUCACUGUAGAAGCGACUGGUGUGAUCUGUGUCAAAAAAUGUCAUUUAAAUAGUUAUGCCUGGGAUGGAAGAAUGACAUCGUGAUGCUAUAUUAUACAUUUAUCUGUAUGUGUUAUAAAUACAUCAUGUAUUAAAUAAAACAUAUGUAUUAUUUAUCCAGA